CCCGGUGCCCCGGGCGGGCUGUCGGGCGGUGCCUGUGGCGGGCGGAGGGGAGUUUCCAGGAAGUGGCCAUAUUGGAUCCAUUCAGCCGCAUCCACCCGCGGCGGGGAGAGCCGCGCCAGCCCCGGCCAUGGCCGCCACCGACCUGGAGCGCUUCUCGAACGAAGAGAAGAGGAACCUUUCCCUGGGGGGCCAUGUUGGCUUCGACAGCCUCCCCGAUCAGCUGGUCAGCAAGUCUGUCACACAAGGCUUCAGCUUCAACAUCCUCUGUGUGGGUGAGACCGGCAUUGGGAAAUCCACGCUAAUGAAUACCCUCUUCAAUACCACAUUCGAGACGGAGGAAGCCAGUCACUAUGAGAGUGCAGUUUGCUUACGGCCACGGACCUACGACCUGCAGGAGAGCAAUGUCCACCUGAAGCUAACAAUUGUGGAUGCGGUUGGAUUUGGGGAUCAGAUAAACAAAGAUGAAAGGCAGGUCUCGUGCCAUCUGCUUGGCGUUUCUGGGCUUGCCUCUAAUGCUUAGACAUGGCCUGCCUGCAGCCCUGCCUGCAGUGUUGCAGAAGAGGUGUCCGUGUUUCUGUUAAUGGAGUAGCUCCGUUUCUGGGGACUGAGUGUUGAGGGAGUUGGGUGAGGAGCCAAAAAGGUCACAGGAGGUCUUCCCAGCAAAGAAUGGUGUCCUCCAGGAGCGUGAGCAGUUAACAAGCUGUCCUUGGUGCCAGCUUGGGAAUUAUCUGUGCUGGCAAUGAUCAGUGUCUCUGGAUCUGUCUCAUUUAAUUACACAGACAUCUUGUUCAAGCUUCAGGUAGAGGCUUUCUGGGGCUCCAAGGUCUCUCCUUGGUCAUGUUGCAUUGUUGAAGCCAGAUGGCUCAGCCCUGAGAUCUGGGCAAAGUCUGAUCUGGGGAAGUAGUUGUCCUUCCAUGCUCCACUGUCCUUAGACUUUGCAGUACAGCUUCAGGAGACUCCAGCAGCCUUUGGAUUCUAAAGGUCUGUGUGUAAAUGACACACUUCCCUGUUGUACAGCUAAACUGUGUGAGUCUUAUAACUACUUUUUAAGUGAUAUCAUGGUAUGUCCAAGAGAACUCCUUAAGCCUUUGAAUUGUUUACAUUUGAACUCCAGUAUCUGGCUUGCUAAUGGUAUGGUUUUAGUUACAGGCCGAUAGUUGAGUACAUUGAUACGCAGUUUGAAAACUAUUUGCAAGAAGAGCUGAAAAUCCGCCGAUCUCUCUUCAACUAUCAUGACACGAGGAUUCACGUCUGCCUGUACUUCAUCACCCCAACUGGGCACUCGCUCAAGUCUUUGGACUUGGUGACAAUGAAGAAGCUGGACAGCAAGGUGAACAUCAUCCCGAUUAUUGCCAAAGCAGACACCAUCUCCAAGAGCGAGUUGCACAAGUUCAAGAUAAAGAUAAUGAGCGAACUGGUCAGCAAUGGCGUGCAGAUCUAUCAGUUCCCCACAGACGAUGAAGCCGUUGCUGAGAUUAACUCUGUGAUGAACGCUCAUCUGCCCUUCGCUGUGGUCGGCAGCACGGAGGAGGUCAAAGUUGGGAACAAGCUGGUGAGAGCUCGGCAGUACCCAUGGGGAGUGGUGCAAGUUGAGAAUGAAAGUCACUGCGACUUUGUGAAACUGCGGGAAAUGCUGAUUCGAGUCAACAUGGAGGAUCUUCGGGAGCAGACUCACACCCGCCACUAUGAGCUGUACAGGAGGUGCAAACUGGAAGAGAUGGGCUUCAAGGACACAGAUCCAGACAGCCAGCCCUUCAGCCUCCAAGAAACAUACGAGACCAAAAGGAAAGAGUUCUUGGGCGAGCUCCAGAAGAAAGAGGAAGAAAUGAGACAAAUGUUUGUUAACAAAGUCAAGGAGACGGAGGCAGAGCUGAAGGAGAAGGAGAGGGAGCUGCAUGAGAAAUUUGAGCACUUAAAAAGGAUACACCAGGAAGAGAAAAGGAAGGUGGAGGAGAAGAGGAGGGAGCUGGAGGAAGAGAUGAAUGCCUUCAACAGGCGGAAAGUAGCGGUGGAAACCUUGCAGUCCCAAUCCUUGCAGGCUACCUCACAGCAGCCACUGAAGAAGGACAAAGACAAGAAAAAUUAAUCACAUACAGACUUUCAGGCCAAGAGUGGACUUGGUGCUUUCAUGUGUUAAGUUGCUUGAGUUUCCCACCCUGUGACCCUUCUCAUAACAUUGUGUGAGUGGACCAAAGUGAAAGAGAAAAUGAGCAUCUUCGGUGGUUGCAGUGUAACGACUCGCUGUUAUCUGUACAGAAUUUAUCAGGAGGUGUUAAGGAAGUAACCUUUACCAUGUACAUUUUGUUAAACAAAGUCAACUAAUCCCUAAAGUAAGAUGUUUUGUUCUAAACCCAGUGAUUGAGAGCUGUGUAUAAAGUGACCGUAACUGUUUGUCUGAACUCAUCUUACCCACCAUAUAAAUAAUUGCGUUCUAGGUUUUAUUAUUAUUAUUUUUUAAUUGGCUAAGGCGACUGCUUGAGGCUCAUCUACCUUCCCCUGUACAUGCACCGAUGUAAGGAGUGGUCUGAAGAAUGCUGAAAUGUUUGUUUUUCUAACAAACUUCUCAAAUAAGUUUUUAGAAUGGGUAGAAAACCACAAUGCUUAGACUUUCUGCUCUGGGAAUCUUAGUCAGAGUAACCCUCAUUCCUGUAAUUAUAUAUUUUAAUCCUGAAUUACUCUAAACACAUUCUACAUCAUUUAUAAUAUUUUUUUAUAAAUAUAUAAGAGAGGAGAGAGAGAGAAAGAAUUGUUAACAAAAUUAAUGGGACAAUGUUUUGAAUUUUCUUUACUGCUAAAGUAGAACAUUUAUAUAGAAAGAUUUUUCGUAAGAGUUUGUUGUAUAAUGUGGAACUACAGGAUUUGUGUAGCUUUUCAGUUGUCAUUUACCAAUGUAUUUUACUGUUGUGGAAAAAUUAUUUAAGUGGUCAUAUUUACUGCUACUCUUUAACCUUAAGUUUACCAUGUGCCUAAUAAGGAGAAUCCUCUGAUCUUGAGCUAUGCACCGUAUUUAUGCUGAUAGGCUCUAUUCCCCUUGGAAAGUGCUUUCUUUAACACUUUGCAUGCCUAGAGAUCACAUCCUUGUUAUCCUGGGCAACUGAGCUUAGAGGAAUAAUUAGGAUCAAUAUUAUUAUUUUCCACUCAAACCAUUUUGUGAUAAGGCGGGGCAGUGACUGAAUAGGGACUCACUAGCUGUGUUGUCAUGGAAAAACAGUUGGACCCAAUUCCAUCCAUCCAUCAGAUAACAGGCUAAAAGAGAGCAAAUAUUUUAUAUUAACUCCCAUGUAGUGUCUUUAGAGUUUAUAAGAACACUGGCUGGCUAAGUGUUAGUUGUGAGUGUGUGCAUUUUUAUUUAGUUAUUAACAUUACAAGAUUUUUCUGAUAGUUUAAAGACAAGAAGGAUGUCAGCAGAUUCCUUCUUUGACUUGCGGAUGGAGGUGCACGGCCUCGUGCCUGAGCCGUGCAGGUCUCUGUGAGGGCAGUGCUGUGCUGGAGGGUGAGAUGAGGUUCUUCAACUUGCAUAUCCCGUUAAAGCAGCUUUUUCUUUGUUUUUCAUCCUAAACACGUGCUCAGGUGUUAAACUGUUUUCAUAUGCACAUUGGCCUUUUCUAUGGAUAUACUGAAAAUCAUGUCAGUGUUACUUGAUGCUUGUAAGAAGGAACCUCCCAAGGAUCUCACGGGUGCCUUUCAGAACAGGCGGCUCCUCAGAGAGUAGAAAUUGCGCGCGCUUGUUAGGAGUCUGCUGAAAGCUGAACAUCUAAUUUUCAAGGCUGUGCCUCCAGGUUAGAUGUAUUUUAAAGAGUAACUGGCAAAUGUUAGGAGGGUUAAUGUGUUUUUCUCAGAGAAAUGUACCAGGAACCCAGCCUAUUGUUACAUGCAAGUAGACAAUUCCAGCUUGCCACUGCCUACAGCCCAAUCGUGUCACACGUUAGGGGCAGGAUUUUGACUUUAGCUAAUGAGAGAACCUCUGGCGCACUAAUUGCGUGAGUCAGCAGCCCAGUUGGGUUCGUUGUGUUGCUUCUCAAAGCAAAUGCUAUGUGGGCUGGGAUAAAACAGUAACUGAUGACAGAGAGUGUGCGAGCAGCUGCCUUGCCAUCGCUUUUCCACUCGAUAGCUUUCUCCUGAUCUCACGCUGCAGCCAGCAAGAUCUAUGCAAAUGAUUUCUAUCUGUCCUGGCUCAUCAGAGAUCAAUUCUUUUUUCCUAGAAUAACAGGUAGUUAAAAAUAAUGAUGAUAACAAUGAAAGAGUAAAAACCUUCAAAUCCAUGGGCAUUGUGAAGAAAUUUCCAGCUUCUUCUCAUGAAGACAUUCAGAAUGUAUGUAACAAUAUUUUAAUGAUGAUUAUUAUAUUACAUUGACUUUAUGUUGUGAUGGACAUACCUUUACCUUGUAGUUAUUUUUUAGAGCCCUUGAUACCAUAAUCUGCCCAAUGGGACUCAGUGUUUUCUUGGGUUUUUUUCCUCUAGUACUUGAUUUUUCCUUUUGGCUGAGAAAAGAUUUAAGUAUAUGGUAUAUAGAGUAGUUCUGUAUCUUAUUUUUAUUUAACAAGUUACAAAUACGUGGUGAUGCUAAUCUCACUCCAGUUCGAAGACUUACUUUUUGUAGGCUAGAAGAAGUGAAAGAAAAACCCUUCAGAAAUGACUGAAACUGUUCAGUUACACAUCUUUCAGCUGUUUUAUGUAUUUAUCUGUAAAAGGUUGGUAUUAAUGGGGAAAAAACUGUCCAUUUUUUUAUCAUUUAAACACUUACCAUCAUGUUUGUUGUCUGCUUUCUAAUUUAAAAUGUGUUUUGCGGGGCUCUAAGCCAUGUAGGCUUCCCGUCUGGCUGGGUGCCAUUGGGUGGUGGACUUGGAGCACAUGGAGGCACCUGGGGGACCAGCCCGGGGGUAGCAGCCUCUCGGACGUGCUGCAUCUGUUCGCUUUGUCAUUCCAAAUGUGUUGGGUUUUGGGGUUUUGUUUUUGUUUUUGUUUUUUACUUUUGUUUCUUUCCACUCACUUUGUACUUCUUUUCUUUUAUUAAAUCUCACAUGUAUUUUGA